AUGGCUAUCGAAUCUGAAAAACAAAUUUCACCAUCGGAAUCCACUAUUGUCCAGAUUGUUGAUAACAUAAAGAAAAGUGAUAGUGACCCAUGGGUUUACCGUGCACUAAAACUUUCGAAUGGGAUGCUCGUUGUGCUGACAAGUCAUCCGAAAAUCGACAAGGCCGCCGCUGCACUUGACGUCUCGAUUGGGAGCUUAGCAGAUCCCAAAGAUGUUCCGGGUAUUGCUCAUUUUCUUGAACAUAUGUUAUUCAUGGGUAGUUCAAAAUACCCAGGUGAAAAUGAAUAUUCGAAAUUAAUUGAGGGAAAUGGUGGUUAUUCCAAUGCUUUUACAAGUGGUGAUCAUACAAACUACUAUUUCGAUAUCAAUCCGAGUUUAUUACCUGAGGCCCUCGAUGCUUUUGCACAAUUUUUCAUCUCUCCGUUAUUUACCGUAUCAGCAACGGAUCGUGAAUUAGAAGCGGUCAAUUCUGAAUAUGAAGGAAAUCUCUCGAAAGAUGUUUGGCGCAUUUCUCAAUUAGAAAAAUCGACAUCAGAUCCUCAGCAUCCGUACUCCAGCUUUGCCAUUGGAAAUUCCGAAUCACUAAGAACCAUUCCUAAACAGCGUGGAAUUGAUAUUCGACAAGUUCUGUUAGAUUUUCAUAAAGCUGAAUAUUCGUCGAAUCGAAUGAGUUUGGCCGUUCUUGGCAAUCAAUCACUGGAUGAACUUCAAGAACUGGUCAUCAAGAGCUUUAAAGAUGUACCAAAUAAACACUUAAAAAAGGCCACAUAUCCUGCCGAUCCAUAUGGAGAAAAUAAACGAAAAACAAUUUUGUACGUUGUUCCUGUCAAAGAACAUCGGCACUUAACUAUCAAUUGGGUUAUACCGGAUCAUAAAGAAUUAUAUUAUUGUAAUCCUGAAUCGUAUUUAUCACAUUUAAUUGGACAUGAAGGCGAUGGAUCAUUGCUAUCAUAUUUGAAAAAAUCAGGUUUAGCUAUCGAAUUAGUUUCGGGUGAAAAAAACUCAGCGCCCGGUUUCAAUUUCUUCACUGUUGACAUCGAAUUGACAAUCGAAGGAUUAAAUCAAUGGGAAAAAGUGAUUUAUAUUGUUUAUCAAUAUAUCGCUAUGUUACGAAAAGAAGGUCCAAAAGAAUGGAUUUUUGAGGAGUGCAAGAAUCUAAACGCUAUGCAUUUUCAAUUUCGUGAAAAAGAACGGCCCGAUGAUUUCGUUUCGAACUUAGCUGGUCGUAUGCGGGAUUAUCCAUUGACUGAAUGUCUUUCGGGUGAUUAUGAAAUGCGUGAGUUUCGUCCCGAUUUAAUCAAUGAAGCUCUCGAUGAAUAUUUAAUUCCAAGUAAAAUGAGGGUCUUUCUUGCAAGUAAAGAUUUUGUGCCAAUUGCUACAGAAACAGAAAAAUGGUUUGGUACAAAAUAUAAACAAGAAUAUUUACCUGAAGAAUUGAUUAAGUUAUGUGAAACAUGUGAACUUAUUCCAGAAUUGCAUUUACCGACACUUAAUGAAUUUAUUCCUACUGAUUUUCAAUUAUUUUCCAAAGAUAUACACACCGUACGACCACAAUUGCCAACGAAAAUCAAAGAAAACGAAUUCUGUCGGCUUUACUAUGCAGCUGAUACAUUCUAUCAACUACCAAAAGCUUACAUCUAUUUCGAAUUUCGAAAUCCAUUGGGAAGUGCGGAUCCAUUACAUUCCAAUAUGAAUGCACUUUAUUCCGAGUUAAUCGAAGAUUCUCUCACGGAAUUUGUUUAUCCCGCACAACUUGGUGGAUUACAAUACGAAUUAUCGGCAUUAAAUUAUGGAAUUCAGUUAACUAUUCAUGGAUUUAAUCAUAAAAUCAAACAAUUGUUGGAAACAAUCAUUGAUCGUAUGGUCAAUAUUAAAGUAAAACCUCAACGAUUUGAAAUAAUGAAAGAAAAAAUAAAACGAUCUUUACAAAACUUUCGUCGUGAUGUUCCAUAUCAAAUGGCACAUUUUGGUGUCACUUAUCUAACAGCUGAACAUCAAUGGAAUAAAGACGAAUUACUCAGUUGUAUCGAUGGUAUUACAAUCGAGGACAUUGAAGCAUUUAUACCUCGGAUGUUAACUCGAUUCUUCAUUGACUCUUUAAUGUAUGGAAACUUAACCAAAGAUCAUGCAUUGGAUUACAUCACAUUAAUUGAACGAAAAUUUCAAGAAAAACGUUUCUAUCAACCGUUGUUUCCCAGUAUGUGGUUCAAUCAACGUGAAUUAACAUUACCGGAAGGGUGUAAUUAUGCUUACACAAUGUUAAACGAUGCUCAUAAACUACACGCGAUUGAGAUUUAUCUUCAAUGUUUUCAACAAACAUUGGAAAACAAUGCUCUGUUAGAAUUAUUCUGUCAUUUAGUUGAUGAACGUUGUUUUGAUCAAUUAAGAACAAAAGAACAAUUAGGUUAUAUUGUCAGUGCAGGCGCACGUCGAUCACGCGGCGUACAAGGCUUUCGAGUGAUUGUUCAAUCAGCUCGAAAACUCGAUCAUGUUAAUCAACGUAUUGAACUAUUUAUUGAUUCGAUAAGAGAUUAUAUAAUUCAAAUGCCAGAUGAAUUGUUUAAAAAACAACGUGAAGGUUAUAUGGUGAAAAAAGUGGAAAUUCCUAAGAAAAUGCAUAGCCAAGGAAAUAAAUUUUGGAGUGAAAUAACCAAUCAUCAAUUUUGUUUUGAUCGACCUCAACUGGAAGUUGAUCUUAUCAAGUCGAUUGAACGUAGUGAUCUUCUAAGCUUCUAUGAUCAUUACAUAUCACCAUGUUCAGUCCAUCGCCGGAAAUUAUCUGUUCAUGUGAAUCCAUCACCAGUAGCACUUCACAUUCCCAAUGAUAAGAAAGCGGAUGGUCAACAUCGAGAGGAAUUAACUGCGGCUACUGAUGAAGAUUUACCUUCGGAAACUUCAUCGGAAAAUACUGAACAAAUCAUAAGAGAAGUUGUCGAAGAGCCAGUUAAAUUAACUGAACAACCUUCGAUUGUCGAUGUGAAAACCGAUACUAUCACAAACGAUACGGUUAUACCCGAAAAAGAACUCAAACUACCUCCGACAAAUUGGAUUGACAACGUUCAUAUCUGGAAGAGUAAACUGCCAUGCUAUCCACUUGCUCAAUCCUACGAAAAAAUUGACGUGCCCGUUCUCUGUAAAUUAUAA